GAAGUGCCUCCCAGCUCCCAGCGUGAUGCCAGUGCCCUUUCUGCUCCCCUGCAGUAUGGCCUCUAUUCCUCCUUCAUGGGCUGCUUCGUUUACUGCUUCCUGGGCACUGCCAAGGAUGUGACUCUGGGUCCCACUGCCAUCAUGUCACUCCUCGUCUCUUCGUACGCGUUCCACGAGCCUGUCUAUGCCAUCCUGCUCACCUUCCUCUCCGGCUGCAUCCAGCUGGCCAUGGGGCUCCUAAACCUCGGAUUCCUUCUGGAUUUCAUUUCCUGCCCUGUCAUUAAAGGGUUUACAUCAGCUGCUUCUAUCACCAUUAGCUUCAACCAGAUCAAGAACAUCCUGGGGCUGCAGGGCAUCCCGCGGCAGUUUUUCCUGCAGGUGUAUGAGACACUGCGGAGGAUCGGGGAGACCAGGUUCAGCUACUGGAUUGUCUGGAUCUCUGCCACAGCACGCAAUGCCCUCGUCGUCCUGUUUGCUGGCCUGGUUGCUUACUCCUUCCAGGUGAUGGGCUCCCAGCCCCUCACACUCACUGGCCCCAUCCCCCAGGGCCUCCCUCCCUUACGGCUGCCUCGCUUCUCCCUGGUGGCACCCAACGGCACUGUGUCCUUCCAGACCAUGGUCCAGGACAUGGGGGUCGGGCUGGCCGUGGUUCCACUCAUGGGCCUGCUGGAGACCAUCGCUAUUGCCAAGGCUUUUGCCUCGCAGAAUGGUUACAGGAUCCAUCCCAACCAGGAACUGCUGGCUCUGGGUGUUGCCAACAUCCUGGGUUCCUUCGUCUCAUCGUAUCCCAUCACGGGCAGCUUUGGCCGGACAGCGGUGAACGCGCAGUCCGGGGUCUGCACCCCGGCGGGAGGACUCGUCACAGGUGCCCUGGUCCUUCUCUCACUGGCAUAUCUCACCUCGCUCUUCUACUACAUCCCCAAAGCGGCUCUGGCUGCUGUCAUCAUCUCGGCUGUGGUGCCCAUGUUCGACGCUGGGAUCUUCAGGACGCUCUGGAGGGUUAAGAGGCUGGACCUUGUGCCUCUCUGCGUGUCAGAGGGGGAUGUGCUCCUGGUGCAGCCAGGGAGCAGCCUGCACUUCCCAGCCAUGGAGAGCCUCAGGGAUGCUGUGUGCAGCCGUGUUCUGGCAG